AUGAUGAUAGAACAAAAGCAAACUCUGUCGCAAAAGAGUCGCACAGUGCAGAUAUGUUUCGUGGACCUCAUCAAUUAUUUAGAGAACAAUGACGUACCAAACGUCAUUUCUUCUAGUGAAAUCACAGACGCUCUGGAGAGAUUCGCUUUGUGGGCUGGGAAUCUCGGAGCUUUGAGAGGACCUACAUCUAAGUUAUCACUAGAGUACCGACUCGCAGAAGCUCCAGAAAUUCGAAUUCAGAUCCAUCGUCAGCUUGACUAUCUCUUAGAAGCUAUUGAUGAUGUGGCCGCCCUUGUUCAGGAGAAACAGACAAACCACGACAUAAUGUAUGACGACAUGAAUAUGGAAUACUUUGAUGAGCCUGAUGAUCCAGAAGAAGGAUUAUCUGAAGAGAUUCGCAUGAAUAUCGAUCUGAUAUCUGAGUCACUGAAAGCGCUCUUUCGAAUUGCAGUGCUCAUAAGGAAAACGAACACCAACAACCGUUUUGAGCGGGCCAUUUAUGCCUCAAAAUUUACUUUUCCUCAUACUUUUGACGUUGAUUACGUUAGAGAGAAGUAUCCAAAACUCAAGACAGAAGAACAAUCUUGGCUCGCCGAGCGUCUGGGUAAGGCCAUUGCUAGACGCCGGCAAUUUAUCAAGUAUUGCAGAGAUCACAGGGCUCGUCUCGCUUUAGAUGACGAGAACAUCGAAGCUGAAAACGCUACAACCGUGGUACAGUCCAGUAAAGCAACCACUUUGAAGCUCGAAGAAAUACAAGCCGUGCCGAACUUCGCCGUCGACGAUUAUGAAGAUGACGUGGUUUCCAUCCUGUCAACAUCCACUACAACGGAUGGGCUCUCGACACUGGCACUUCCUCGUCUCCAAGAUCUCUCAAGAGAAGGUGAGGCGUUUGAAUGCCCUAUAUGCUUCACUCUGAGAUCUAUAAAGGGAGAGCGUUCAUGGCGUUUGCACGCUUUCCAUGACCUCAAACCUUACUCCUGCACAGUCGGAGGAGAGGAAUGUGAUUCGUUAACUUUCCAAGACCGAAACUCGUGGUUUCAACAUGAGCUUGAUUUUCGCACCGAGCGAUUUAAAAGACAUGUGGCGGCACAUCUAGAGCAGCUCGCAAUUUUUGCGAUCCCGCGUGCAACAGAAGAUGAUGGGGAGGACAAACGAAGCCUAGCCGACAGCUUAGGCUCUAACAUUACUGGCUUACCCGAAUCUGAGAUACAGGAGUCACUACCAACCCCUGGAGAAGGAUCGUUGGAGGAGAGAUCAACAAAUGACGAAGACUUAUUAAACGCUAAUGAGGGAAGAGAUGACGAUCCCUCAUCACCUGAGCAAUAUGCAAUGGGAUCUUCGGGAUCAUAUCUACCGGAGUUUGACCUCUCUGCCGGUAAUCUCAGGCCGCCCUUUCGGAGUGUGACGGAUGCUGUACAGAACCCUGACCUACCAAGUCUGUCGCAGCCGGGAAUUAUAGGGAUUCAUCCUCUGGAGCAUGUAGAAGAGGAAGACACCAUCCCUGAGGCUAAGUGGACAGGGCAGGAACAGAAUCCUUUUUAUGGUGAUGAAGUGUCUCAUAUGACUACUUGGGUGAGAGAAAAGCUACAAGCAUCUAACGAAGAAAGUGAGACAAGUAUGUUUAACUCCACGAAUCGCCGUGGCGAGACGCGAGGCUAA